AUGUCCCUCCUCAUCCAAUUCCUCACUCAGAUCCGCACCUUCGUCCGCGCCCAGAACAGCGACGAGCUCCGCAACUGGCUGCUUGUCGAGCCCAACGCGAACCAGCAAUAUCAUGCCCUCGCCUCGGAGCUCAAGACGCAGUUUCGCUCCGCGCCGCACACCAACGGCGGCAGCGGUAGCGGCACCAGCACGGCGCUAGAAAACACGAUUGAGAAAUGCCUACCCGAGGAGGACGACGUACCCGAGGGCCAGGGCUCGCCGUGGCCGGGCUUCGUGACCUUUAUGAAGGACUACAUGCUUUUCUGGCGCGACGUCAACUAUGACGACUUGUUGAGCGCGCAUACGCUGCUCAGCGGGCUGGUGAAUACCGCCUUCGCCCACCCGACCUACGGCGGCAUGCUCCUCAAGACGGCCAUGUCCCUCUGCGAGUCCCUCGCGCGGUUGACCAUGAUGCUCUCGCGGCGCCCGGACCUGACGCGCAACAUCCGUAACGUCGACGCCGACGACCGCAAGUCCAUCGCUGAGUCCUCGGCUGAGAUCAUCCAGAAGAUCUUCACCACCUGCCUGACGGACCGCUCCAGCACGCGCUACAGCAAGCCCGAGGGCAAAAAGGUCGGCGUCUACAUGUUUGCCAACCUUGUGCUGAAGCUUCUCUUCGCCUGCCGGCGAACGCACCUUGCAAAGCAAAUCUUCACAAACAUCUCCACAAACUCCCCGCCCCUCUCCCUCUACCCGGCCGCUCAGCGCGUCACCUUCCUCUACUACCUGGGCCGCUUCAACCUCGCAAACUGCCAUUUCCUCCGCGCCGCCCUCUGCCUCGAGGAGGCCUACCUCCAGAUCCCGCCCCCGCUAACCUCCCACCGCGCCCUCGUGCUCUCCUACCUGAUCCCCAGCAACCUCCUCCUCGGCCGCCUGCCCUCCCAGCUCCUCCUCUCGCGCCCGGAAGCCUCCUCCCUCGCGCCAAUCUACCACCCCCUGGCCCAGUCCAUCCGCAAGGGCGACUUCGUCCUCCUCCAGCACACCCUCGCGCAGCACGAAAAGUACCUCUUCGACAAGGGCCUCCUCCUCCUCCUCACCCACCGCCUCCGCCCCCUGCUCUGGCGCUCCCUCUCGCGCAAGACGUUCCUCUUGACCUACGCGCCGGGCCCGGACGACGCAUCCUCCACCACCGCCACGAACCGCCGCGCCGCCACCCUCGACCUCGCGGACCUGCACACGACGGCGUCCUACCUCCAGCACCGCCUCGAGGGCUACGUCCCCUCCAAGCCCCCGUCCUCCUUCUCCUCCGCGUCCGCCUCCCCGGCCUUCCUCGCGGCGGUGUCCCACGACGCGGCCUCGACCCUGGUCCCGCCGCCCGGCGGGCCCAAGAAGCUCCGCCCCAACGAGGGGCUCGUCUGGGGCAACAGCCCCGUCGAGAUGGACGACAUCGAGAUGAACGUCGCCGUGCUGAUCCAGCUCGGCUUCAUGCACGGCUUCGUCGCCCACUCGCAGGGCAGGUUCGCCGUCAUGGGCGCCACCAAGAAGAGCCCCGUGCUGGCCGGGUGGCCGGCGCCGUGGGCCGCGGUCCGCGAGAGGCAGUACGAGGAGGACCUGGAUCUCGAUCAUGUGCCUGGAUGGGUAAAAGGGUGA